AUGUCUCACGCGCACGGCGACUCCAACUCCAGCUUGGUCCAUUUCGACCACGACGCCGCGCCCGCACGCGUCCACGGCGGCUCGGUGUUCUCCGGACCCGCGUUCGUCGUCCUGAUGGGGAUGAUGGUGACUUUGGUGUGUGUCAUAGUUUUGGGCAACGCGCUCGUCAUCCUGGCUUUCAUCGUGGACAAGAGUUUGAGGAGACAGUGCAAUUACUACUUCUUGAAUUUAGCAAUAUCAGAUUUCCUCGUGGGAGCGUUCUGCAUCCCGCUCUACAUCCCGUACGUCCUGACCGGACGCUGGACGCUGGGGCGGGGGCUGUGCAAGCUGUGGCUGGUGGUGGACUACCUGCUCUGCUCCGCGUCCGUCUUCAGCAUCGUGCUCAUCAGCUACGACCGCUUCCUGUCGGUGACCCGAGCUGUGAGCUACCGCGCCAGGCAGAACAGGACUCAUCAAGCCGUAAUCAAGAUGAUUGCAGUUUGGGUGCUGGCCUUCGUCCUGUACGCCCCGGCUAUUAUAUUCUGGGAGCUGGCGGUGGGCCGGAGCCGCGUGCCAAAGGACGAGUGCUUCGCCGAGUUCUAUUACUCCUGGUACUUCCUGCUGAGCGCCUCCAUGCUGGAGUUUUUCUCUCCUUUCAUGUCCGUGGCUUUCUUCAACCUCAGUAUUUACCUCAGCAUACGCAGGAGGAGGCUCCACAGCGGGGAUGCCCAGCUCCACGCUCAAACCAAGCCGCCCGCCUCAGCUCAGGGGGAGAGGAUCCCCCUGUCCCACCACUGGGUGUCUGGGAUGAAAGCGCCCGUGCAAGACUCCCUUCAGCCCCAGACCUCAUCCCUGAGUUCGGGUAAACUGGAGCCCUCCCCCAGCAGGGCGGCCCAGCCCAGCCGCCUGUCCAGGGACAAGAAAAUCGCCAAGUCUCUGGCUAUAAUCGUGUGCAUGUUUGCCAUCUGCUGGGCUCCGUACACCCUGCUGAUGAUCAUCCGCGCCGCCUGCAGGGGGCGCUGCAUCCAGCACCACUGGUACGAGGUCACCUUCUGGCUCCUCUGGCUCAACUCCGCCAUUAACCCCUUCCUGUACCCGCUCUGCCACAGCAGCUUCCGCAGGGCCUUCGGCAGGAUCCUCUGCCCCGGGCGGCACUCCACGCCGCCGUCAUCCGUCCUCCGGGUGGGAAUGUGA